AUGGAGACAACAUCCACAUCAACGCCCUCGACGGGGACGAAAUACAACCUUCGCAAUCCCCUCCCCCUCUCCGCACCCCAAGAACAAGAAGUCAAGAAGAUCUUUCACAAACGGGUACGAGCGCAUUGCGCGGAGGAAAUCAAAGCGUUCGCUCAAUGCGCCGUCAAUCGCACGAUAACGGCUACCUGGGUGUGUCGCGAGCAGCGGCUGACGAUGAACUCGUGUAUGCUUGCGCAUGCGAAGCCGGAGGAGGAGGACCGCGCCCGCGAGGAGUGGUUUGCGACGUAUGAGGAGCGGCGGAGGGAGAGGGAUGAGGAGCUGAGGAAGGUGGAGCAGAGGAGGGAGGAGAUUAUUCGGAUGAUGAGGGAGGAUGAGGCUAGGUCGAAGACGAGGUGA